CGGCGGCGCCAUGGGGCGGUCGGGGCCGGGGCUGCCGGCGGGGCCGCCGCGCCGCUCGGGGCCCGCGCGCUCCCGCGGCCCGGGGGGCAGCGCCCGCUGAGCGCGGCGCGGAGGCAGCGCCAGGCAUGGCCGAGCCGCUCCGCAGGACGCUCUCCAAGCUGCGGGGCAGGAGGUCCCAGCGAGGCGCGGCGGCGGGCGCCGGGCACCGCCACGGCGGGGUCUGCGCCCCGCAGGAUUUCAUAGAAAACGUUUACAUAGCUUCGAGGAGCAGGAAGGAGCCCAAGUGCCCGCAGGCCAGCGAGGUGCCCGAGCACAGGCCGCAGGUGAACAGCAUCACCGUUUCCAAGAAACGCAGCUGGCUGCAGCAGAGCACCCACCGCCGGCCUCCCCCUCCUCCCCUGGAAGAACACACUGCCUGCAGGGAGGUGCCCGGGGCUGUCGUGCCAGUGCCCAGGUCCCCGGUGCCGCUGCCCGAGCCCGCGGUGCCCUGGGCUCCCUCAGCGCGGAGCUGCGCCCUGCCGGGCCCGGGCCCGCCCAGGAGCGCGGCCUCGGACUGCGGCGAGGACGGCGACGCCGACGACGAAGGAGAAAUAUGGUACAACCCCAUCCCUGAGGAUGAUGAGCCCGACCUGCCCCGGGUCCGCCCUCCCGCUGUGAACAGCCUGGCUGCUGCGGGCUCCCCGUCGGUUUGGUACAAAGCCCACCCUGGAGGUGACCCGGGGAUGGCCGCGAGUCCCCAGGAGGAGGGCACGGGGAGCGGCCGGGCGGCGCAGCCCGGUGAGGGCAGCCAGGCCGACGGCCCCGCGCCCGGGGAGCAGCAGCACCGGCAGAGGCUCGCCUGCAAGGCUCCCUCUGCGCCAGCAGCCGAGGAUGGUCCUGCCUUCAAGUGCCCUUCCACAGGGUUUGGAGCUGCCCUUGCACGCAAGCCUGAUAUACCCUCCACAGAGAUUUCUCCUCCAAGUCCCUGUCCCCUGAAAAAAAGUGGGUCAAUCAACUGGCCUUUCCCUGAUAGAAUUAAAUCUCCCAGGACCGUGAGGAAGCUUUCCAUGAAAAUGAAAAAGCUGCCAGAGCUGAGCAGGAAGCUGAGUGUGAAGGGAACUUCAAGCCAUAGUAGUUCAGAUAAUCCUCCUUCCCUGUUGAAGGGGAGCUGCCGGGAUACAAGCCAUACAGUGUCUUUGCCUUCUUCUGGAAACUCAAGCACAGCUGCCAGCAGGAAUGUGAUAAGCCGUUACCAUCUUGACAGCAGCGUGUCCUCACAACACACCUACAAAAAGAAGAGCUCAAGGAGCUCCAAAUCCUUCAACAAAGGUGGUUACCUCAGUGAUGGCGACUCUCCUGAACUUAUAACAAAAUCAGGUAAACACAGACAUGAAACCAAGUGUGGGAAAGGAAAGGAGAACCUUCCAAGUAACAGUGGUAAACCCGAAAUAGAUAUCGAUGCCUUCAGACACUACAACUUCUCUGAUCAACCCAAGUGCUCUCAGUACAUCUCUGGACUCAUGAGUAUUCACUUUUAUGGUGCUGAAGACUUAAAGCCACCACGAAUAGACUCAAAAGAUGUCUUUUGUGCAAUACAGGUUGACUCAGUAAACAAAGCAAGGACUGCCCUGCUCACAUGUAGGACAACAUUUCUUGACAUGGACCACACAUUCAACAUAGAAAUCGAAAAUGCUCAGCACUUAAAGCUGGUGGUGUUCAGCUGGGAGCCCACCCCAAAGAAAAACCGAGUGUGUUGUCAUGGGACUGUGGCUCUUCCCACUCUUUUCAGAGUCACCAAAACACAUCAGCUGGCUGUCAAGCUGGAGCCCAGGGGCCUUAUUUAUGUCAAGCUGUCACUCAUGGAGCAGUGGGAAAACUCUCUUGAUGGCCUUGACGCAGACCGUGAGCCUGUGAUGUUUGGGGUAGAUGCUCGAAAAGUUGUAGAGAAGGAAAAUGCAGGCUUGAUGGUGCCACUUCUGCUGCAGAAAUGCAUUCUGGAGAUUGAAAAGAGAGGCUGUCAGGUGGUGGGGCUGUACCGGCUCUGUGGCUCGGCUGCCGUGAAGAAAGAGCUUCGAGAGGCGUUCGAGAGGGACAGCAAGGCUGUCACUCUCUGUGAGAGCCAGUACCCAGAUAUUAAUGUCAUAACAGGUGUCCUAAAGGAUUAUCUGCGAGAGCUGCCCUCUCCCCUGAUAACCAAGCAGCUCUAUGAAGCAGUGUUGGAUGCCAUGGUGAAAAAUCCCUUGAAAAUGACAGCAAAUGGUUGUGAGAAUGACCCAAGUGACUCUGAGCACACAGCAGCCCUUCUGGAUUGCCUGCCAGAUGUUGAGAAGGCUACCCUGAAGAUGCUGCUGGAUCACCUGAAACUGGUGGCUUCUUACCACGAAGUAAAUAAGAUGACAUGCCAGAAUUUAGCUGUGUGUUUUGGCCCUGUGUUACUGAGCCAGAGGCAGGAGACCACCAACCAUAACCACAGAGUCUUCACAGACUCAGAAGAGCUUGCUAGUGCCCUGGACUUCAAAAAGCACAUAGAGGUUCUUCACUACUUACUUCAGUUGUGGCCAGUUCAUCACUCACCUGCCAAAGAGCCAGCACAUCUGAAUGUGUUCCCUGAGCACUCAUCCUCCCUGAAUUACCUGAGACCCAAGAGGCAGAGACCUCAGAUGCUGAACCUGAGCGGGACCGAGAUGUCGGGGGUGCUCAGACCGAGGCCAGCAGGUCUGGACAGCCCCUCGAGCAACCGCUAUGCAGGGGACUGGAGCAGCUGUGGGGAGAACUACUUCCUGAGCCCCAGAGAGUGCCUGGGGGAGGCAGACUACGAUGACGUCCCUUCGGAGGACACCGAGAGCGGGGAUGACAGCAGCAAAGCCGAGGAGCUGGAGGCGCCCGGCCCCGCAGAGCAUCCCCUGGGGGGCUACCUGACAGUGCCAGCUAUGGGCUCUGCAGUGGAUCACAGAGCACACCUCAAGGACCUGCAGGAAAGUAUUGAUACUCUCAUAGGAAACCUGGAAAGGGAACUCAAUAAAAACAAACUAAAUAUGAGUUAUUAAAUCCUGUCCUGCAUGACAUCUCCUUGUGCCUCCGUGCCCCUCGCUGGGCUGCCCUAGCUGUGUGAGGAGUGAUGGUGCCCCUGAGCACCUCACGGUAAGGCCAUGGCCCACCUUGUGUUAGCACAUUUGAAGCCAUUCCGUAAUGUUUCUGCCUUUCUGUUAGAAGGUAUUGUCCUGAUUUCUGUUGGAGACAAGCUUAGACUGUGAUGUGAUUCCACAUAGUGGCAUUUCUCCCUAAAAACACUAUGCACUUAGGUGGCCUGGGCAGUACCCGAUGGAAGAUAAAGCAACACCUCUGCUGUCAGUGGCAGCAGAAUUCCUCAUUCCUGAACUCCUGGCUCUGGUACAGAUGCUCCUCUCAGAGGAGGAUGAACGCUGCUUGGCCUGAGUUUUGCAGCAGGGACUUCAGAUAGACUUGUUUCAAUAUAUAUGCAAUGGCUGCUAUGAAAAAUGCUUUAUAUAAUAUUUAUAUAUAAAGUUUUAAUUGUACAAAUAUUAACGUAUUACUGUAUUAACACUUUUCAGUAAUUAUUUAAGCAAGCAAAAAUAAAUAUUUUUCUAACCCUGUUUGUAUAUAUCUAUGUAUAAAUGUGCAUGUGUCUGUAGCCAUCUUUGAGAAGAAAGGUCUCAGAAUUAUGAAAUGUUCCCAUUUCUAGGAAGGCAUGUUCAGUGAUGCCAGGACAAGGUUGCCCUUUGGGUAACACAGCUUUUGAUUUAUGCACAGAAACAUGGCCAGAGAGAAGGCAGGGUGAAUGAUUAAUGUAAAUGACCUUGUGUAUUGCAGGAACAGUGGUUUGCAGGUGUUGACUAUUAACUCUCACACACUCUCACCACCUUUCUCUGUUUGGUUUUUAUUUUUCUUACUUCAUUGUUUGUUUCUUCCUCCAUGGGUUUUUUCACAAAUAAAGAAGGUCUGGAAGGUAUUUACUUUUCAAAAAAUAUUUUUUGUUUUUCCUUUAUAACCUGUUAACUUUAUUCUUGAUGUUUUGGUACGUUUUUUUUUCUUUUCAGAGUUUCAUGUAUUUUUGUUGUGGUACCCUUGGCUGCUGCUGGUAGUUACAUGUGUUUGAGACCUCUGUAAAGGGUUGUGGCUCUGGAGAUGCAAGUUCAGCACAAAGCCAGUUACUUUGUUUUUUUUGUUUGUUUUUUGUGGUU